GCCCAGAAAUGUAUCAUUCGCAAAUCAAGUUCACUUCUGUAAAGAACUCAACCAACUCCCAAAACAGCAACAUGGCAUUCAAGUUUGUUUUCGCACUCGCCUUCGUCGCGGUGGCCAGCGCUGGCUACGUGCCCGCUGCUCCAGUUGCCACCUACGGCGCCCCCGUGGCUGUGGCCCAGAAGGUGGUGGUCAAGUCCGACGAGACCUACGAUCCCCAUCCCCAGUACCGUUUCUCGUACGGCGUCGACGAUAAGCUGACUGGCGACUCCAAGGGCCAGGUGGAGGAGCGCGAYGGCGAUGUGGUCCGCGGCGAGUACUCGCUGGUGGAUGCCGAUGGCUACAAGCGCACCGUCCAGUACACCGCCGAUCCCAUCAACGGCUUCAACGCUGUGGUCAACCGCGAACCCCUCGUCAAGGCCGUCGCCGCCGCCCCAGUUGCCCACUAUGCUGCCCCUGCUGUCGUCAAGACUGUCGCCCCCGCUUACCACACCUAUGCUGCUCCUGCUGUAGUCAAGACUGUUGCUCCCGCUUACUCCACCUAUGCUGCUCCAGCUACCCACUAUGCUGCUCCAGCUGUCCACUAUGCUGCUCCAGCUGUCCACUAUGCGUCUCCUGCUGUGGUCAAGACCGUCGCUCCAGUUGCUCACUAUGCUGCACCUGCGGCCCACUACGCCACUUACUCCUCUCCAGCCGUCGCCUACCAUCACUAAUGAAGUGAUGAAGUUUUCUUAAAACUCAUAAUUAGAAUCGUUGCUCAUAUUACUGUAUAUUUAUUUAUUGGCAUCAAUAAAAUAAUGCAUACAUGAAUAUAA